CCAGACCUAAAAGCAGGAGCACGUUUGCUUUCACAGCCUUCGCUGGUAUUCAAACGAUAUCUCAGCACCUCUGGCGGGCGCGGGAGCCUGCCGUCCCGAGACGAGCGCACCCACAAACAUAUUCUCCGCGGUGAACAACUUCUUCGCUGAUUCACCUCUGGUGAAUCAGCUCAAAGGCAUCAUGACUCGACAAACAAGCAGCAGCGGGGGUGAGCCGGGCCCCCCUGACGACACCACUCGACCUAACAGCAGAGAGCCGCCCGCGCUGGCUCUCAGUCCUUCUGAGAGCGUGAUCUCAGACCGAUCGAUCACACCAUCCAGACAGCAGCAACCCCGUCAAGUGACCUUCCUGAAGCCCGCGGCGGACACUACUCUGGAUAGAAAGGCUUCCAUCGUCGACGAGACCACUGGCAUUACCAGGACUCAGAUGAAAGAGUUCCGCGAAGCCUUCCGCCUGUUCGACAAGGACGGAGAUGGUACCAUCACGAAGGAGGAACUGGGACGGGUGAUGAGGAGUCUAGGCCAGUUCGCAAGGGUCGAAGAGCUGCAGGACAUGCUGCAAGAAGUGGACAGUGAUGGCGACGGCAACGUAAGCUUCGAAGAAUUCGUCAGCAUCCUCUCUAAAUCCAUGUCUGGUGCUGGUGGCGCCACCACAUCCGCGGAGCAGGAGGAGAGGGAACUACGGGACGCGUUCAGAGUGUUUGACAAACACAACAGAGGGUACAUUUGUGCGUCAGACCUGCGCGCCGUGCUGCAAUGUUUGGGGGAAGACCUGUCUGAGGAAGAGAUUGAGGACAUGAUCAAAGAAGUAGAUUCGGACGGAGAUGGGCGUAUAGACUUUUUAGAGUUUGUCCGCGCCCUGGGCGAGCCAGAAGACGCGUGUGACGAUGAAGACGACGAGGACGCCACGGAGGCUGCAGACAUCUUGAUACAACGAACUAUCAUCGCUAACUAAAUUUAAUGUAGACUAAUUGUUUGUGCUUCACUGAUCCUAAGUAUUAACCUUGUUUGAUUGCCAUGACAGUCGAUUGCAGAUAAACCUGGCUGCACCCGGCUUUGGUUUAUAUUAACGUACUACUUAAAGCUAGGUAAAGAGUCUAGUGGUGGAAUAUAUCUUUUUAGCGCGUAUAAAGAUAUUGCUGAUUGAAGAGUAAAUAAUUUGCAAUAAUCUUAGAGAGAUUUAAAUUUGAAAGUUAUGCGUAUCACUCUUAACUUUUAAUUCGCCUUCUGUAACAUUUAUAGGAACAGCAGAAAAGUUGUAUUUUUCCAUCUAUUUAAAAUUUAAUUGCAUGAUUUAUAGGAAUGUGCAUCAUCAACAGUAAAAUUAUUUGAAAACAAAUGUUACAUAUUAUUUGAACUGUUAUGAUCAAUUGUUUUUUCAGUGAAGCAUAAACUUUUAACGAUAAAAACAUUUCGAUAAAACAUUCGCGAAUGUACAUUGCUUAUGAAUAUUCGGAAUUUUGUGAAUUUAACGAAUUAUAAUUACAUUUUAUUAAUAAUGUUAUUACAUUUUAAAUACUUGCGAAUGACUCCCAGUACCGACUAAUACCUAGUACUGUAUGCUAGAACUAUUAUAUUUAUUAUGGAACCCUAGUUUCUAAGGAUUUCUUUCAUCAGUAAGAAUUUUAAAGAUUGAGAAAUAUGUGCUUAGUUUCGUCGAUGAAUCUUGACGUGUAUGCAAACGACUGCAUGUGAUUGUUAGACGUAUCGAAGUCACUACAAUUGUAUGAAAUUAUCUGGUUGUGCUUCAAACUUGUAUGAUGGAUCAUAAGAUAAUUAUAUCUUCUAUUCAUAUAUCUAUUUAGAAAUAUAUUGAUAAAUCAGGACCAUUUAAUCUACUUAAUUAUUAUGAAGAUUCGCAUAUCAAGAAUUCAUAUUGCGCAAUAUUUGCUAGUAGAUUUUAAAAUUUUAUUAUUCACGAAAAAAUAUUAAUAAAAAAAACAAAUAAUUCAUAAUUAAACGAUAUACUACCUUUUAAAUUUAUCAUGAAAAUUAAUAUAUCUUAAGAGUUUUACUUUUAUGGACAAUAUAUUAAUUCUAUAAAUUAACAAUAAAUGUUACAAGACAUGAGUUAUAAAUUUACUCUUUAUUCUUUUAUAAAAUAAUAGACCUCGCGUAUUUACC